AUGAAGACCCAAACAACUUUUGGCCAUGAUAAACCUUUUGGAGGAAAAGUUGUGGUCUUGGGGGGCAAUUUCAGACAAAUUCUUCCAGUGAUUUUGAAAGGAAAUAGAUCUGACAUCGUUGCUUCUGCUAUGAAUUCAUCUUACCUAUGGAAGUAUUGCAAAGUAAUGAAGUUAACUACCAACAUGAGAUUACAACAUGCUGCUUCCUCUUCUUCGGCUAAGGAAAUCAAAGAAUUUACAUAUUGGAUUCUUCAAGUAGGGGAUGGAACAGUGAAGACAAUCGAUGAUGAUGAUUCAAUUUUUGAGAUUCCAUCUGAUUUGUUGGUAAAGGAGUGUGAAAAUCCUUUACUUGAAUUAGUAAAUUUUGCAUAUCCCAAUAUUGCUGCUAAUUUGGAAAACCAAUAUUUUGAACAAAGAGCACUUCUUGCACCUACUCUAGAAAGUGUUGAAGAGGUCAACAACUUAAUGCUAUCCUCCUGGAGAGGAGACCGAAUAUUUGAGUUACGAUACUCCAUGUAG